AUGUAUAAAUUAAAUCAAAUUAUUAACAGGAAGUUGAAAUUUGAUCAAGCUCUAGUCGAUAAGAAGAUGGAAACCUUAAGGAAAGAGUUAAUUGGAUCGCUGUGGCUAGCAUUACCGGACAUAGAUGAACACUUUACUGUUGAAUCUGAUGCGUCGGACUAUUGCAUCGGAGGCGUGAUAAGGCAAGUUCAGAAGGGUAAAGAGGCAGCAAUUAGAUUUUGA